AUGUCUGAGGCUGGUCUUCGCUGGACGGUUCGCCUGGGAUGCUUGUGGGGUCAGGUCACCACGUAUGUGAUCCCCGGAAAGGCCCCCUUCUUACUGAGCCGGAAGGUUUUGGAAGGGAUGCAAGCUAAGCUCGACUUGGGAAAGCUUACGAUCACAAGUGACAAGCAUGGCCUUUCCCAAACCCCUCUUGCUCAAGCCGCCAACGGUCACUUGUUGAUUUCUCUCCUCCCGGACGUGCACCCAGAGGUGUCAUUCCAGGAAGGCCCCGAGGAAGUCGCCUUCAAUGUGGAACCUGAAGGCCCGUCCGAGGGUGAAGCAGCUGAGCCUUGCAAUUCCACUACGGCUGAUAACCGAGUUGCCCCGAAGGAACGACUGCCCGUAAGAAUCACCCAAGCCGAUCUACGGAAGCACUUUCAGACAGUCAUGAAGCACACUAGAUAUACACAGGUAGAUGUAGGCACUCACAGGCACCCGUUGCGAAUGAUUUUCGGUGGUGAUGUUGACUGCGCCCUGUGUGCCUAUCGACCCAGGUAUGAGCGAACGCCUAAGCAAGCUGCUAGCAAGGACAUGUAUCGAGCUGUGGCCCACCUCACCCCGAAGGGUGAGCUUCAAGUGUCUGAGUGGAGUGCCCGCCCUGCUUGCGCAAGGCGUGCCGAGUAUGAUCGGCCCGGAGCAUGCAUCUUCGCCUACCGGCACGCUUCGGCAGAAGUGCCUGAGACACAGCCAGUGCAACCUCCGGUAGCCUGCAGUGCCAAUAAGACACCUGAAGCUGAGUUGCCUGACCCUGCAGAACAUGUCCCUCCUGAAUCCCUCCGUGCUGAGGCGGGCACGACAGCGACACCGACGGAGCAGUGUGACUGCUGUGAGCCGGAUCAGUCAAGCGAGGAGACCACCCCUGCUAUCCAAGAAAGUAGGAUCGCCAGACAGGUCGAAGCAGUGCGCAGAGUUCCGUUUCAGCUGGCCCUGGCCACACUCAAGGAGCAGCCCCAGCAGGUUGAGUUAGAACUUCAAGAAUGGCUAGGUCCCCAGGGUUCUAGGCUAGCUGAAGAGAUCGGGUUGAUAGAGGUGUUUGCUGGAGCAGCGGUGCUCUCUAAGCAGUCUGAGCGCCGACGAGGGCUUACCAGUAUCAAACUAGGAACGGAAUACGGUCAAGACUUCAGCCGUGCCCGUGACCGUCGUUUGCUGCUCCUGCUACUGGGCAGAUGCCGCCCCAAAGACGUGUGGUUCUCAUGGCCGAGUGGUUGUUGGUCGAGCUGGUCUAAGGGUGUCAUAGCUAAGGGUGGUGCAAGUGCAAAGGAGAUCCUAGCUAGACGCCGCCAGGAGAAGCCCUUCCUUAGCCUGUUUGAGCAAGCGUG